CUCUGAUACACGCAAUGAACGCGUAAUCUGGAGCAGUCCGUCACUGGUCCAAAUGAGAUUGACUAUCUCAACGUCCACAAUGAAUGACCCAACCGCCAUACCUCAUGGACUCGAACGUAGCCAUCGUUACUUUUGCUACGUCUGUGGCACUUUAUUACCACAUAAACUGGAAGCCACCGAUUCACUUAUCUGCCGUAAAUGUCAUACUCCCACAUUCAUGCGUUGGUUUAAUGGUAUGGAAGUGAGCUUCACAAACGAACUCCGUUGCCGUGAUUGGUCAUCCUUACAAACCACCGACUCCGACUACUUCAAACCAAUGUUGAAACGAGCGAAAAAAAUCCUCAAGUCCGAACUCACGCUUAAACAAGCUCUGGAAUCUCAGUACGCUGACGAGCCAUCUCAAGAUGGACCUUCUAUCCGCAAAGAAUGUGCUUACUGUGGCAAUGACCGAAUGACCUAUGUGACUUUACAGACCCGAUCGGCCGACGAAGGGCAGACUGUGAUUUAUACCUGUACACAGUGUGCGAAAAAAGAAGUGGAAAAUACAUAGAGUGUAUUUAUAAAUGAAGCCAAUCAAUUGCCCUGCUCUAGUCCGGGCCUUCUCCCGCACGCUCACUAUCCCCGGAAGUUCGCCAACACAAGUACCAUCCGCAUUCACGUUCGCAGUUCUAGCCGAUCCGCAACUCGGCUUGUUAGAGUACUACGUGGAGAAGCGUCCGUUGCCCCACCACUGGGACCGGGAAUUACAAAAGUUGAAUAAAUCGAUCGCCCUCCUGAAUCGACUGUCUCCAAAGCCCACGUUUGUUGUUGCUUGCGGGGACUUGGUGAAUGCCGUCGUUGGUGAUCCAUACCGUGAACCACAAACAGCUGAUCUUUUGAAUGCGUUCAGCAACCUGGAUCCUAGCAUUGGAUUGGUUACUUUGCCUGGCAACCAUGAUGUUGGAGACUCACCUACCAUGGAUACCAUACAGGAGCAUACUGCAAUUUGGGGUGAUGACUACUAUUCAUUCAGAGUGAAUCACGUCGAAUUCCUGGUCUUGAAUUCGCAAUAUUUAUGGGACGAUUCCAAAUGCGAACCUGCUUCGAUCAAUUUCAAAAAGUGGUUUGAUGAUCAGUUGGUUCAUCUGAAAAAUAAACCCGGUGUUGUGCCAAUUGUUUUACAGCAUAUCCCAUUUUUCGAACGAGAGCCGAAUGAACCAGAUGACUAUUUCAACAUUCCCACAAAAAAUCGAUUCGAAUUCAUGUCCCGUUUGUAUGCAGUCGGUGUCCGCCACGUCUUUGCCGGCCAUCUACAUCAUAAUUCCGUUUUGACCUGGCUUCCUCCUGAACCCGUCCCGGUGAAUACCACUCAGAAAGCCACGCCCUUGAAUAUGAUUAGCACUUCUUCGGUUUGCGUUCCACUUGGAACGGAUCCACCCGGCUUCCGGCUCGCACACGUCGGUGUGGACGGAUCUGUUCAACAUGCCUAUUGGACUUUGGAUGAGUUGGAAGCUCUGCUCAAUCGAGUAUACCUUUUUGCUUCGGUUUCAUUCCAGCAGACGUUUCGUUACCUGCCGCGAUGGGCAGCCUGCGUGCGACAACGCCUUGGUUCAAAUUACAUUCCACCCUUAUCAGUCUUUCUUCAAAGGCCUCUUAGUACGUCGACUCGUUCGACAGAUCGUUUUGAAGGUUUAAAAUCCUCUUCAUCAACCGUCCACAAAAUCCGCAAAGCUGUAAAUUCUUCUGUGGACAGUCAGCCCCAGUUGUCAGAUCGCAGUUUGAGGUUUGGAGUGACCCUUACCACGGGCCAACAGGUGAAGAAGCGCCCAGAUAAAGAGAAUGCAACGCAACCUAAAGAAUCCGGUUUCCUCAGCGUUUCCGCAUAUGGUAUUUCCCAGGUGGUCGACCUCAAUGCGGUACGUGCUGAGUUCACACAGAAGGACCACUCGUAUCAUUCAGUCCGGCUGCCGUCAGAUAUUUCUCAUGAGGUACUGCUGCUUUCUGGUAACCAAACAUCGGAUCCGAACUCUCAAAGUGAUGUGUUCAUCUUCCACGUCCGAAUAUGCAAACGGCAUGUCAAUCAGCUACAGCCGACUGAGUGCCCGAUCCCAAAAGCAGAGGAACAGUUACCAGACCUCAACCUGUUGCUCGAAACCUUUGAUCUCCCAAGAUCAGCGCCAAUAGCCACUGCUCCUCAUGUACCGUCCAAGACGCAUCCACUGCUGCAACCAAGACGUCAGGGCAAUGGAGUAUCACCAAUCCAGCUGACCACAGCCAGAAGAACCGUGGUCGCGCAUCCAUAUGGAUUUGCCGGGCCACUUAACGGACAAAGCUUCCUCAUCGUUUCCGAAACAUUCAGUCAGUGGCCCGAUGUCCUUCUUGUGUCUGAGACAACAAUGAUAACAACCAUCACUAAACUGUGGCAUUUGUUUUCAAUAUUCGAUACCCUAGAAACCAUUGUUUCAGACAAUGGUACUCAGUUCACGUCCCAACAGUCUUGUGAAUUCGUUCGAAGACACGGCAUCAUACAUGUUACUUCCCCACCAAUCCAUCCCCAAUCCAACGGUCAAGCUGGAUGCGAGCACACUCGUCUAGUCGGUGAAGACAUCUACCUACAGAAACACGAAAGUCGCGUCCAAGAUCACGAUUUUCACACAGACGAGAAGACUGAAGAGCUGGGUGAUGCUGCUGCAACUGCUAAGCCAUCUAGCAAACAUCGGGUCGACCAGACUAUCAUGAACCAAAACCUUCAAAAUGGAUUGCAUUUAGUCCCUGUGGAAGACCCCAUUCGUUUGGAGCAAUUCGCUUUUUCCGAGGCUCUUGCUUUAUCAGCCGAUCUUUCGAAAAGAAACGUUAUCACCGAUAUGCAAGGAGUGUAUUGGAUUUUGUGGGCAGCUUUGUCCAUUUCAUGUUCCGCCUGGCCACAACAAUUCACCUUAUUGACGGGAAUGGCUGACUUUUCGGGUGGCCUGAUUCACCCACUGUCUGCCAAUAGCUAUGCUCCAGCAACCGGAUCGCAGGUCACAGAAACCGAAACGACAGAUGACACACAUGUUGAAGUCAUGCAUCUAACCACAGCUUCGUACAAGGGUCUGAACUAUGUCAUGGUGACUAACCUGUCCCUCCCGUUUGCCCAAGCUGAACAUUACUGCGCUCACGAAUUUUCCGAACCGAUGCACUUGGUUUCAGUGGGUUCCGAAAAUGAAUGGAAAAUGUUGUCAAACGUGUUCAGGAGUCAUCCCAAAACCACCAAAGUUUGGCUUGGAGGGACUGUAGAAAGAUCUAGUCCAAACACGCUCCUCGUCCGGUGGAUUAAUGGGCAACAAUUUGGAUACCAUCGUUUCUCUGAAGCCGAGAGAAAGCGUUGGCGUAAAGAAUGGAAACAGAAAGGUCAAGCGUGCAUAGUUGCGGAGCUACAAGAAGGUGGGGUUGGAAACUGGGCGGUGGAGCUGGCUCCCUGCAGUUUGCCACGCUCGUUCAUUUGCAAGGAAGAGGAAAACCGUGACCACUCAACAGGAGUGGAUGGAACGCUCAUGCCUUUUCAACCAUUUCGUCUAGGUGACCUAAUUCGCUCGCUGUUCCUCCCGUCACCAUUCUUGCCAACCACGACGACCCGAAGUUUUACCAGCCUAGUCCGUAAUCCACCUGCCCAAAACCGUGUUCAGUUUCAAGCCUACAACACGCAACCGACAACACAGAACGUAACGCAAAGUACUCUGACAACUCCAACUACUGAACCUUCUACUGAAACCUCGUCUACCUCGACGACAACCGACCUGGCUGUUGAAACUGUCACAAACACCAAAUCCUCCCCAACUACCACGACAGAAGUGACGACAGUGCCAACAACGGCUUACAGCGGUACAACAGGUUCGACCAAGUCUGAAAGCGAUAGCGUUGUUCUCCGGGAAGGUAUUGUUGAAUCAGUGUCGCCCAGCUCAACUACAGCAGAGCUGCCUGGCCCUGUCCAGACUGAUAAUCUUUCAGGACCGGAGAUUCAUCCAAAAUUCACCAUAUUCAGCUCCACGCCAAAUGGCGUCGCCUCCUCAGAGCAUGGCGUUCCACUGCCACAGAGGAAAACAGAACCCCAAGCGUUUAUACCAGACGUCGGUGCACAAGUGAUUUAUCCAAGAUCUCCUUGGGACAUCACGUAUUUGGACGAACCUCAGUGGUUAACUCGAAAGCAAAGUUAGACGCAUGGUUUCAUGCCUUCGUGUAAUAUCUCCUUGUUCUAUUGGUAACAAAAUGUUUUGAUAGCCGAA